AUGGCAGAAGCAGAAGUCUGGAAGCUGCCCCCGCCACUGCCCCCUCGGCUGGACUGGUUUGUGCACACCCAGGCGGACCAGCUGGCCCAAGGCGGGAUCCCAGAGUGGUUCCACGGCACCAUCACGCGACAAGCUGCUGAGAACCUGCUGGAGUCUCAACCACCGGGAACCUUUCUUAUCCGAGUCAGUCACAGCCACGUGGGCUACACCCUUUCCUACAAAGCUCAGACCUGCUGCCGUCACUUCAUGGUAAAGCUCUCAGACGAUGGGACUUUCAUCCUUGCUGGGGACCAUAUGACCCAUGCCUCUCUGGACGCCCUGGUCUCAUUCCACCAGCAGAAACCUAUUCGGCCGUAUGGGGAGCUGCUGACCCAAGCCUGUGGCCAGGAGGAUCCAGCACACGUCGACUACGAAAAUCUCUUCCUGUACUCGAGUGCCCUGGCUCAGGGCGCUGAAAGCCAAGCUGGUGGCCCCACGGAAGGCCAGAGGCCUGCUUCCUGCCCACCCGAGGAGGCUCCGGAAAGGAAACUUUCCACCGCAACCGAUGGAAAGCUCGCAUCAGCCCCCAGCUCCCCAAAAGCACUUUUUGGGGAGGCGAAACAGAAACUGUGGAAGAACCUGAGGACACUGCCAGAGACCAGCCAGAGGGUGAAAGAGCGGCUCACUUCACACCUGUCCGCCAUAAACCUGCUGGGGGACGCCAGGCCUGUGGCACAGCAUCAUAGAGCUAUGACUCGAGCAUCGAGCUGGGACAGUGCCCACCACUCCGCAGGUGCCGGUGCCGGUGCAGCCACCUCCACAGCCUCCAGACCUGCCAGCUGGAGGGAGGCGGUCUCAGGGGUCAAGGCCUGGCGUGAAAAGCUGGUGAGGGCCCUGUCAGUCCAGGCCACCAAAUCAGAGCCUGUAGACUUGCCAGAAGCCCAGGACUGGGUACCUGAGGAAUACCUCCCACCACCGCCUUUCGCCCCUGGGUACUGA